CACACACACUGCCUCCGAAACUUUAGUCCGUCAUAGAAAAAAUUUUGGGACCAGGUUCCAUUUCCUGAGUUUUUGCAUCCAUAGAAAGCAUUUUGAUAGGAAAGGAUGACAAAUACCAAAAAAAAAAAGCGAAAAAACGCAAACAAUAAUUUCGGACUCCGUGUGCAAGGACCUUAAGUCCGAACUUAUGAGUGGCUCCGCAGAUGAAGGAUCCUUCUGUUCUUCUUCUAAUCUUUCAACUUUGACCCCGCGCACAUCAGUCGCGCUCCACAUGGCAACAGCCUCUCCCAGUCUCCAUGGCAACUGCUCUACAGUUGCUAGAGCAACAACAGUUGGCUGCCAUGGCAACAGUAGUCACCCACCGCCUCUCUUGGCGUUUACGCUGGUGUUUUCACGCGCGUGUCGUCCUGUUGUCCCCCCCCCCGUCUGUCUCUCCGGCGCGAGCUGUGAGACGGAGAGAGAGGGCGAGCGAGCGAGAGAACGGAGGCUCGAGCGGCGGAGGGAGAGAGCGGCGGAGGGUGGGGGGGGAGCAGCGCUUCUGUCGCCCCUCAGUCCUGACAUGGACUGCCUGUGUAUAGUGACCACUAAGAAGUACCGUUACCAUGACGAGGAGACGCCGCCGCUGCAGCACAGUCCAGCUCAUCUGACCGUCAGCGACACCGGACACGCCCCCAUCGACGGUCUCCACGGUUACACACCCCAGAUGCACGUGUCACCCGCCAAACCGGUGUUGCUCCCCAGCGGUCACGCGCCUUUCUAUGCCUCCUCGACUCUGGUGAGUGCUUCUCCGCUUCUGAUUGGCUGUGAUGUCAUUUCCUGUAGACGCCUCACUGGUCUUUGACCGCUUGUCUGCUUGGGUGACGUAUUUCUAGUCUGUGUAAAAGGCUUGAUUACUGAUGUUUUGACAGAACUCGUUAACACUUUACAGUAAGACCCCAUUAGUUCAUGCUCGUUAAUGCAUUAAUUAACAAUGAGCAGUACAUUUGCUACAAUAUCUGUUAAUGAAAAUACAAAAGUUCAUGUUUGCCCAGGUCCAAUAAAUGAUAUUAACAGACACAACGUUUGCUUUUAAUAAUGUAUUAGUAAAUGUUGAAAUUAAACAUGA